AUGCCCGUCGUUGUGGAGACAAAUUUUCAUCAGCAACCAGUAACAGCAUCCCUCAUGGCAGUUUCGCCUGGCGUAGUGGUUGGCGCACCGGAAACCGCCCCUAUAGCGUUGAUGGAAGUUUCGAGCCGCUCGGUGGUAGAAGAAGGCAACCAGGGAAGGCUGGUUUUUUCCACCGGUGGUGGUCGCGAACCGACCGCUGCCAACCCGGUCGACACGACGUUCACUAACGGCGCCGGUGGUGGAACAAAUAGCGCCAGUAACAGCACCGGUACCGGCACCCCCCAUCCAGUAUCGCCGUGGAAUGGCACACGUACCCGUGGGCAGUCCCGGUCACCGUCGCUCGGGGACACGUUCGUUUCGGCCGCUGCCUCGUCCGAUCUGCCCUACCCGUCGUCAUCCUUUUCGGACAGCUCGGACGAUUCCGACACCGGACCCGAGGCGGAGGAAGCGGAAUUGCUCGACGUCAGCGUGACUCGCAGUGCGUUCGGUUACAUUACCACCGCCACCAUUACCUUGAGCGGGAGCCACAGUUCUCUUGAUGCCAAAGAUGUCAUCGGAAGCGGACAGAAUCAACCGGAGGAAAGGUCGUUUGCGGAGAACAGAAACCUUGCGGUGAUUCCCACCGUGUCAUCGGAUACGGAACAGGCGGGAACAUUCCUCUCCGCAGGGCAUGCACCGUCACCGUCCUCGGAGUCGACCUCUAUUUCGAUGUCUAUAGGCUCGGUUGGUGAAGACUCCACCGUUCGUGACUUAAACGAGCCUCAUGUAAGCGUGAAAAUUAUUACCGAGAAGAAAGGACUCUUCCUGAAGCAUUCCGAAUACGAGAUCAAACUGAAGGGCGCCGAGAAGCCAGUUCGGCGCCGAUACAAAGAUUUCGUCACGCUCCAUGGAUAUCUGGCCGAGAAGUAUCCGUAUCGCCUCCUGCCGACGCUACCCCCCAAACAGUUGAUGCUAGAUGCCAUGCUUGAAGAAAGGCGGCGUGGUUUGCAGACAUGGCUCACGAUCGUGUCGCUCCAUCCGGUGCUGGGAUCCAGCACUAUAGUGGGAACAUUCCUCCGGGAUGCUACCACCGACUAUCAGUACCGGUUGCGAGUGGCGUAUGAGAAGCAAAUGGACGAAUACGCUCGACUGCGACCGGAUGUGCAACUCCCGGCGGAAGACAUGGACGCACUUGCCGAGGGACGAACUCGUAUGCGGCGCGUUCAGGAUGAUAUCUGUCGGUUGAAGGAGCUGUUCGAUGAUCAGACGUUCCGUAAUGAACAGGCAUUAUCCGAACGGACUGAAAUCGCUGACAUACUGAAGAAUACUGCCAUGCGUGAGUCGUUCCCCGACGGAACGUUUGAGCAUAUGUCCACGAGCAUGCGGCUCGCCACUAGACAGUGCGAACAUAAUGUUCGGGUUCAACAGCGUGCCACUACGGAACGAUUGCACGUGCUGCUCGAAGUGUUGCAUGCCCACAGUCUUCUAUGUGAGCGAAUUGAGAGAGGUAUUUUUGCUGAACAUCAGAAAGCUCGCCUAAAGUUGGCCAGCACUGACAUCUCUAGCAGUAGUCGCACGAAGACGAUCACAGCCACCUACAACCAUGGACCUUUAGUGAUGCCCCCUGAUGGUUUCGUUACAUCCACGGAUCUUACCUUGCUUGCCCGCCGGUCGGCAUUCGCGCUCAGCUGUGCCCGGAGCGAAACGGAACUGACCGAAAGGUACUUGGACUCGCUACCCUCAAUUCUGCUGUCGUUCGCGCACGAGGAACAGCAGCACCAUCAGCAGAUGUCGAAGAUAUGGAAUCGGUUAAUAGUUAGCGAGUCCAGCAGGGUCAACUAGGAAGACUCUCCAACGCAAGGCAUGGACGACGCAUUCUUUCAACCAAUCUCUCCAUCAAACCAGAUGAAAUUGAUAAGAUAAGUUUUUGAAGACGAAAGUCACAGAGUAAUGUUACAGAAAAAAGAGAUGAGUUAUCGUUCUCAUAUAGCCAAAGGAGCUAGGUUCGAAUUUAUUGUAAAAUACGGUGCUUUACAUCGUGAAAAUAAACAGUAAAGUGAUUGUAAGAGAAUACUAUUUUUAGGAUACUUUAAAGGGGCUUUCAGUUAAGAAAAAGUACGGUUCAGUACAC